AAAUGCCUUAAAGACAGUGACACAAACAGAGUUGGAAAUGAUAUGGAGAGAGAGAGAGAGAGAGCUUGACAAUGUGUUUGAUGCAUGUGAUCAUUUAUGCUGGUGGUUGCUUUUCUUUAACAUUAGAGCUCAAUUUUCUUGGUUGUGUUUGUGUGUUUUUACACAGUUUGUGAUAUGGGGACAAUGAAGUUUCACUACAAGAUUUCUUACGGUUAUCAGACUGAAAGAGGAGGAGCUCUUGCGGGGCUUUUGGUGCUUCUUUUUCCAGUUUUAUUGCCUAGUUUGUUCAGUCCAUUAAGCCAUGCUUCCCCUUCUAAGUUCUCGGAAUGGAAUGCUCCAAAACCUAGGCACUUACCUCUACUUAAGAGUGCUUUGCAGCUGCAAAAAGAUCCAAAUGCUUCAAAGCCAAGGCACUUACCUUUAUUCAAGGGUGCUUUGCAGCGCGAGUAUGCAACUGGAAAGCAAUCUGAUCUCUGGGUUCCUUUGGUUGAUCAAGGAUGGAGACCAUGUGUUGGAUCUCCAAAAGCCCUAUCAUUACCAGAGAAAUCUCAGGGAUACAUCCAAGUAUUUCUUGAUGGAGGGUUAAACCAGCAGAGAAUGGGGAUAUGUGAUGCAGUUGCUGUUGCAAAAAUACUGAAUGCAACGCUUGUGAUCCCACACCUUGAGGUAAAUCCUGUUUGGCAGGACUCAAGCUCCUUCAUGGAUAUAUUUGAUGUGGACCAUUUUAUUCAUGUAUUAAAAGAUGAUAUUUCUAUUGUAAAAGAGCUCCCUGAUGAAUAUUUUUGGAGCACAAGAGAGUAUUAUGCCACAGCUAUUCGAGCUACCAGAAUCAAGACAGCUCCUGUUCAUGCUUCAGCUAACUGGUAUCUAGAGAAUGUCUUGCCUGUACUACAGAGUUAUGGGAUUGCUGCGAUUUCUCCAUUCUCUCACCGUCUGACUUUUGACAACUUGCCAAUGGACAUCCAACGGCUACGCUGUAGAGCAAAUUUUCAAGCAUUGAUUUUUGUUCCUCAUGUUAGAGAACUGGGAGAUGCCCUUGUCAACCGCUUAAGGUAUCCUUCAAGCAAAAAUAGAGUGCUUGGAAAUGGCCAUUUGAUGGAUUAUAUUGAUGCACAUAACAAACAAGAGCCAUGGAAAUUUGUUGUGCUACACCUCCGGUUUGAUAAGGACAUGGCAGCUCAUUCAGCCUGUGAUUUUGGUGGGGGUAAAGCUGAAAAGUUGGCUUUGGCAAGGUACCGGCAAAGGAUUUGGCAAGGUAGACUUCUUAACUCCCAGUUCACUGAUGAAGAGUUGAGGAGUCAGGGGCGUUGCCCUUUGACUCCAGAAGAAAUUGGGUUACUGCUAGCAGCAUUGGGUUUUGACAACAGUACUCGCCUUUAUCUUGCCUCCCACAAGGUAUAUGGUGGGGAAGCUAGGAUUUCAGCUUUACGAAGAUUGUUUCCACUUAUGGAAGAUAAAAAGAGCCUGGCAUCUUCUGAGGAACGGGCAAGGAUUAAAGGAAAGGCUUCUUUGUUAGCUGCAGUAGAUUAUUAUGUUAGCAUGCACAGUGACAUCUUCAUCUCUGCUUCUCCAGGAAAUAUGCAUAAUGCACUGGUGGGACAUCGAACUUAUGAGAACUGGAAGACAAUAAGGCCUAACAUGGCAUUGUUGGGAGCACUCUUCCUAAACAAAAGCAUAAAUUGGUCAGAGUUUGAGCAGGCUGUGGUUGAAGGACAUGAAAAGAGACAAGGCCACAUCAGAUUAAGAAAAACUAAGCAGUCCAUUUACACAUAUCCUGCUCCUGACUGCAUGUGCCAUCUCUAACAUACCUUCUAUAGCCACUGAUUAGGCUUCGUGUCUAUUUUUUUUACGCAGUGAAUGCACAAUAAAAGGAUUGGUUUGUGUUUGUCAAAGUCUGAUAUAUAUUUUGAACUGCAUUUUCAGAGCAGAAUAGAAGUAUAUAGUUCCAUACCAACUGCUUUUGAUCA